AUGAAGUCCGGCGGGGGGCUGAUGGCGCCGCCGGGCUGUUUUCCGGCGCGGUACAGCCCCACGUACCGCACCACAGACCCUAGGCGCUGCGUGCCGAAUCCUUCCAGUCGGAUAUUGGAGGAUGCAUCGCUGAUGUGCAACUCCUGGUCACCACGGCACAAUGGCGACCUCUUCGGCGGUCUCAACGAUGGCCUGCUCAGCAGGGCGGAGGCCCUCGCAGUGGACAUCAGCAAGCACCAGUCGGGCCCGCAGCCGGGACCCCCGCUGCCACAGCUCAAGCACGACAUGGUGUACCACCACGGGGUCGGUGGACCCCCGCCUCACAACGCGCGGCCGCAUCAGUCUUUCUUCUCGCAGAUGGGCCACCACGGGAUGGAGGGGCUGGACAUGCUGGACCCGCUGACGUCGUCGUCGAUGACGACGCUGGCGCCGAUGGGCGAGGCCGCGCCGCCGCACCACCAGCUGCACGGGUACGGCAUGAACCACGUCAUGAACCACCACCACCACGCCGGCGCGCUGGCGCACCCGCCCGCGCACCUGGCGCACCCCGCCGCCGCGCUGCACCCAGACACCGACACCGACCCGCGCGAGCUCGAGGCCUUCGCCGAGCGCUUCAAGCAGCGCCGCAUCAAGCUCGGCGUCACGCAGGCCGACGUCGGCAAGGCGCUCGCCAACCUCAAGCUGCCCGGCGUCGGCGCGCUCUCCCAGAGCACCAUCUGCCGCUUCGAGAGCCUCACGCUCAGCCACAACAACAUGAUCGCGCUCAAGCCCAUCCUGCAGGCCUGGCUGGAGGAGGCCGAGGCGCAGGCCAAGAACAAGCGGCGCGACCCCGACGCGCCCAGCGUGCUGCCCGCCGGCGAGAAGAAGCGCAAGCGCACCUCCAUCGCCGCGCCCGAGAAGCGCAGCCUCGAGGCCUACUUCGCCGUGCAGCCGCGGCCGUCCGGCGAGAAGAUCACGGCGAUCGCGGAGAAGCUCGACCUCAAAAAGAACGUCGUGCGGGUGUGGUUCUGCAACCAGAGGCAGAAACAGAAGCGCAUGAAGUUCGCGGCGCAGCACUGA